UCUCCUGCUUUCCUGCUCUCUUCCUUACCCCCACUCACACACUCACACACAUACACCUACAUCUAUAAAACACAUUCACUCUCUUGUGUCCCUGUCUCUCUGGUGUAACAUGGGGAUCCCUCUCCCUCCCUCAGCCAGGGGAUUGUUGUAGCACUUGUGUAGAGGCUUUGCUGCCUGUGCCGGGGUAAGGAAGCACAAGAGGAGACAAGAUUUUCAUCCCUCGCUCACAGCUGUGCCUGCCGAGAUAAAGCAAAGUCACUGGGAUACAAACCUUAAAGCAGGGAAGGACCAAGCAGCCAAGAUCAGCACUAAGAACCUCUGCUGCUUGCUGGACUCUCACUCUGUUUUUAGUUCAGUUUUUUACAAUUCAAUUUUGGGGGGGAAUUACUGGGGAUUCAGGCUCUCUACUAUCACUUCUAUAUAAGAAAAAGGCAGUUUGAUCCUAAAAGGGGGAGCAGGGUCAGGGGGGUCUAGCAACAUCUCUACAGCCCCUUAACCCUGUCUCCCCAAAUUUUCUUGCCAAUGCCCAUCGAGAUAGUCUGCAAGAUCAAGUUUGCAGAUGAGGAUGGGAAUCAGAAGGAGAAGGAGGAAGGGGAAAGGGAGAGUCUGAUUGGGGACGAGGUACCAGCAGCCGGACGGGACUUAGCCACAUUUGCCAGCACUAGCACCCUCCAUGGGCUGCGGCACAUCUUCCAAACUGGCAGACUGGACAUCAAGCCAACCCUGUGGGCCCUGGCAUUCUUGGCUUCACUCUUGUUUUUUCUAUACCAGGUGGCAAAAUGCACUCAAUACUACCUGGAGCACCCCCAUGUCACUGCCGUGGACGAGGAGGUGAUGGGGGAGAUGAUUUUUCCAGCCAUCACCAUCUGUAAUAUCAACCGCUUCCGCCACUCAGCUCUGACGGAUCCUGACAUUUAUCACCUGGCUAAUCUCACGGGCCUGCCGCCCAAAGACCGAGAAGGGCAUCGAGACUCGGAUUUAAUGUACGAUGAUCCUGACAUGCUGGACAUUGUGAAUAGGACUGGGCAUCAGCUUGCAGAGAUGCUGAAGAGCUGCAACUUUAGUGGGGACAGCUGUUCUGCACAUAACUUCUCUGUGGUUUUUACAAGGUAUGGGAAAUGUUACACCUUCAAUGCCGACAAGAAGCACCCAAAGGUGACCAGACAAGGAGGCAUGGGCAAUGGGCUGGAAAUAAUGCUGGACAUUCAGCAGGAAGAGUAUCUCCCAAUCUGGAGAGAGACCAAUGAAACAUCCUUUGAGGCAGGAAUCAGGGUGCAGAUUCACAGCCAGGAUGAGCCCCCUUAUAUCCACCAGAUGGGGUUUGGCGUGUCUCCAGGAUUUCAGACGUUCGUCUCGUGCCAGGAGCAGAGGAUGACAUAUUUGCCCCAGCCUUGGGGUAACUGCAGAUCUAGCAUUCCAGGGAAGGAGUUACUACCAGGUUACAGCACAUACAGUAUCUCAGCCUGUCGCCUGCAGUGCGAUAAGGAAGCCGUCGCUAGGAAUUGUGCCUGUCGCAUGGUACAUAUGCCAGGAAAUGAAACAAUCUGCUCUCCUAAGCUGUAUAUGUGUGCUGACCACAUUCUAGACUCUAUGGUUGAAGAUACCAGUGAAAAGUGCUCCUGUCCCACCCCGUGCAACUUGACUCGCUACAGCAAGGAGAUUUCCAUGGUUCGAAUUCCCAACAAGGGAUCUGCUCGUUAUCUGGCUCGAAAGUACAAUAAAAAUGAGACCUACAUCAGAGAGAAUUUCCUUGUUCUGGACAUCUUCUUUGAAGCUCUUAACUAUGAAAUCAUUGAGCAAAAGAAGGCAUAUGACCUGCCCAGUUUACUAGGUGACAUUGGAGGCCAAAUGGGUCUAUUUAUUGGGGCCAGUUUUCUUACCAUACUGGAAAUCUUGGAUUAUGUGUAUGAGGUGAUUAGAGAUAAAGUAAAGAGGGUUGCUAGCAGAAAGCAAUCUCCUGCAAAGAAGCCAUCAGAGAAUAUAGCGACACUGGUGUUGGAUGAUAACAAGGAUCAGAGCCCGUGUGAAGCACGUGGAAGACACCCAGAAGGAGCAUAUGCCACCACAAUGCUUCCUAAUCAUCACCGGCAUUACACGCACCAUGGUGUGUUUGAGGACUUUGCCUGCUAGACAACUAAAUGGUGGAAGCGCAUUCACCUGAAGCCAACUGUGUUCCUUGGUGGACAUAAAGACAUUAUCUCUGAACAUAACCCUGCCGCCAUUUCCUGCAAAGGAACGCAAAACCCACUGACUACAAUAUGGGUGGACUCACCUUCUAAACCUAUGCCUAAAUCUAUAUGAACUUAAGGUACCUUUGGAGAGAUUUGUCCAUGAUAUCUACAGGAUACCACAAAUUCUCCACUUUGCUGCCUUUCUUUAAUGCAGGAAGAUUCACCCCAGUACCCAUACACAGUAAGAGGUCUCAUUGGUCAUCCAAUAUCUGCUAGAUGACUCUAAGUGAUCUCUUCCACACCUAAGAAUAAAUGACUUUUAUACAGCUAUGUCACCUGUAGGGAACCAUGGGAACAUUUUGGACUUAGACAAUAGAAUGUUUCCAGUAUCUCUGUUGAUUAUAAAUAGUAGCAGGUUAUAACUUGUAACCAUGUCAAGAGAUAAGAUUGAUAUACAGCAGCAUAGACACCUAAACAUCUCUAUGUCUUUAUUAACCGUUUCUAUGGAUUUUUAUAUAAUAUAUAUCAAGCUGCCAAGUAAUGCAGUACAACGGGACAGGCACCAUUCCUCCAGAUCUUAAAAAUGCAUUGUCCGGUAAUUUAAGCACAGCAAUCUAAAGCAAUUUAUUUAAUAACCCUCUAAACAACAAUAAAAUAAGGUCUUUGUGGAUUUAUAAAGGACGUUGUGGAUCUAUAAUGGAAGUCCAAAACCUUUUUGCAUGAAAUGAAUUAGCAGUGGUACAUAAUGAGAGAUAGAAUGGCAGUCUUAGCUUGCCUGGGAAAACCAGUAUGAACUCCAGGGAUAAAAGGACAGGGCAGUCUCUCUUUUUUUGAGAGUGCCUGUAGAGUUCUUUAAAUUAUGACUUUAAUAUAAUAUUAAUUUAUUUUUGAGGCUGAUUAUAGUAACCCUUAUAGCAAUACCAUAAUAUCACAGAGGUUCCCAGGUUGUGGUUCUGUCCCUCCAAGGGGAGUCAAGACCAGUGGCCUCAGCCUAAAGACCAUUUAGGGUGAGAUUUCUCUCCUAGAUACUUCUGAUAACCCAGUUUGAUGGUCAAUUAGCCUGAAAUCUUUGGUGAGACAUAGCUUUAUCCAUUAAAGUAAGGUUCUAUCUAUCAUUUAAAUUGAGAUGAGAAUGGUGGGUGCGAGGUACAAGAGAAGUGAGGCAGCUCAGGCAAAACUGAACAUUCAUCACUAAAACUGUCAAUCAGCUGACCUCUGACAAUCAUCAAUCUGACAAUUAGCAAGUUCUUCAUUUGGUUUAUCUUGAAUUGAAUGGGUCCCAAGGUACAAAAAUAUGCACCAGGUAUAAAGAAUCUGUUGGACACUGAAGGCAUUUUUCAGGAAGCCAGAAGGACAGCUCCCAACUUAGAAAAACCACCGCAAUUAGUGCCCCAGGCAAUAAUUUUGCAUAGCGAAGGGCAAAAGGCAUCCAUAGGAGACUGAAGCAUACUGGUGGCACCUGGCUCCCAUUCCUCUGUUGGGUCCACAAUGCCCUUGUUCAGCAAUGAAUACUCACAGUGAAGAUGCCAAGCAAUGAGCGCAUCAGAAAUAUUAUUUCUUAAUGAACAUAGUACAUGGGGUUGUAAAUCAGCACUGUGAAUGAUACAAAUCACUAUUUUGGGGGCACUUAGUUCACUACAAAAGACAGUAAAAUAAAUGAGAAUUGCAUCAUUAGCAAAAUUUAAGCCAUUUUCUACCCCUGUAAUGACUCAUUCUGGCCUGCUGGCUGCCAUGUGGCGCUAGCCUUUGCCACAUGGAUAUAAAGCAAUUAGAGAAGGUUACAGUUCUAUCUCCUAUUAUUAAUUAACACAAUGUACUGCUCACUUGGGGGCUGCAGGAAAGACUUGUUUUGACUGUAAAAUGUUCUACUGUUAAAUAAUUCAAAAUAAAAAGAAAAGUAUUUUUAA